GCCACAACCGCAUGUAGCACCUAGCUGCCACGUACAAACAUGGCCAUGGUGAUUUUUCUGUGGCUGGAUGAGGUUCUCUCGAACUUGGGAGCAGAGAGCUUUUGGCUUUAUCCCGCAGUGUGUGUGGGAUUUUUGUCCUUGUCAGUUUGGAUUGUCGACUGCAUUCAUGCUGGAAGCUCGAGAUAUUUGGCCAAACGGCGGCCAGAAGUUCUUCCAGGGUUUGCCCGACUAUGGCCAUGCUGUUCCUGGACACCUACGUCCUUCGCAGAUUGUAGGGAUUUGCUUGUGAACGUGAGCCAUGGCGUAGAGGAGACUGGCCAAACAGUGAAGUCUCAGAUGCAAAUGCAUGAGUUUGUGGACUUACUGAACUCAAUUGAUGAACAUUUGGGUCAACUGAAGGGCCAACCACAGGGUGCCACAGCUGCUGCCCCUGCCACACCCUAUUUGAAACAGCUGGACCUAGAUGUUGCGAUGCCUUCAGAAGGAUUCGCGCACAGCAAGCGACUGGAGAGUCUCGAUUCGGGGCUUCGAUGGUGGGGGACCAGAGUGCAAACGAACUUUUGGAUGGGUUCAAGCGGUUGCCUUACUGGUUUGCAUACCGAUGAUGAGGACAAUUUCUUAGUCCAAUGCCACGGUACAAAGCGGGUCUGCCUUUUUCCGCCCGAGUGCGCUAAGAACCUCUAUGUGAAUGCCAAGUAUGAUAGUGGCACAUUGUGUUGUGAUGUCGAUGCCUUCAAUCCCGAUUACGAGCGUCAUCCGCUCUUUCACCGGGUCAAGUCUUGGGAAGUUGUCGAACUGAACCCGGGCGAUGUCCUCUUUAUUCCAGCAUUUUGGUGGCACAGUGUUUUGACCACCUCCAGAACUUCCAUCAGUCUAAACAGCUUCGUGAGUCGCCCAAGUGAACGUUUGACGCGUGGCGUUUGGAGACAACUGGUGCAGUAGAGUUUGCCCUGAAAAAAUCUUUUGGCACCGUUUUCCAUAUGUUUCUUUUGUUUGUCAAACUAUGUUGGUUGAUGUUGGUUACAUCUGGUUUUUUCUUUGAUUGUUUUUGUGUUGGUGUUGUUUGAUGGUUUGGUUGUUUUCUGGUCUUUGUUUGCCAGGUGCACAUUUGUCAUCUCUACCUGGGCUACCGGAAGGGCAAUUGUGUUUGUCAUGCCAGCUGAGCGGCCCGCCGUUUUCAUCCGCUUGGAUUCACUCGUAGAGAAAGAGCGUUGAAGUGUUGAACGCAGAUGUCGAAUUGCCCUUGCUUGAGUCAAAUGUAGCGUUCAAUGCCA